AUGGUUUAUAUUCGCCAAUAUCAAUUGUCCGCGCUGCGGGAGUAUAAAUAUGCUGGUGUCGACCAUUCCCUCGUCAGUCGGUAUAUACUCAAACCGUUCUACUCGAACUUUGUGAUAAAAUGUUUUCCCAUGAGUAUGGCGUAUUGGACGAUUCCUUCGCGUAGACCCAACGCCAUCACUCUUACGGGCUUUAUGUUCGUCGUCGCCAACUUCUUGACCAUGCUCUGGUAUAAUCCGACUCUGGAUCAGGAUUGUCCCCCGUGGGUCUAUGCCAGCUGGGCCCUGGGCCUGUGGUUGUAUCAGACCUUUGAUGCGGUGGAUGGGAUGCAAGCCCGGAGAACGAAGCAGAGUGGUCCGCUGGGCGAGCUUUUCGAUCAUGGUGUGGAUGCCUGCAAUACCGCCUUGGGUGUUCUGAUCUUCAGCGCCGCGAUGAAUCUCGGCCAGACAUGGGCUACCGUGUUGACAUUGUUUGGAUCUACCAUGACGUUCUACGUCCAGACCUGGGACGAGUACUACACGCAUGUCCUGACGCUGGGUAUCGUCUCGGGGCCCGUUGAGGGUGUCUUGACCCUUUGCAUUGUCUUCGCCUUUACGGCCUACCAAGGUGGUGCUAGCUUCUGGCACCGCUCCAUGUUCGAGACCAUAGGUGUCUCCAAGACGGAUAUCAUUCCGGAGCAGAUUUACAACAUGCCUUUCACCCAGUGGUACAUCAUUUAUGGCGCUGUGAUGCUCUUCUUCGCAACGGGGUCUAGCAUUGUGCAUGUUAUCAACAGUCGCCGGGCACGCGGUCUGGAUCCGUACCAGCCUCUCCUCGGUCUGUUGCCUCUUGUUGCUACAUGGACCCUGGUGCCGGGAUAUCUGUACCUCCAACCGACGAUACUGGAGAACCAUCUGAUUCCGUUUGUCCUGUACGUGGGUCUCAUCAACGCCUAUUCGGUGGGUAGGAUGAUCGUUGCGCACCUGGUCAAGACCGACUUCCCGUACUUCAACAUCCUCCUGCUGCCUCUUGCGGUUGGUGUCCUCGACAGCCUUGCGCCCCGUUUCGGUCUGUGGCCCAGCAUUCUCGGUGAUGGACCCUACCAGGUUCCCUUCGUGUUCCUCUGCCUGGGUCUUGCGCUGGGCGUGUACGGUAGCUUUGUGCACGAUGUCAUUACCACGAUCUGCGACUACAUUGACAUCUGGUGCCUGACCAUCAAGCACCCGCAUGUUGAAGAGAAGCAGAUCCAGGUCGGCCACGCCGAGGCCGUCACAAAGAAGACGAAAUGA